AUGGCAUUGGCAUUUCAAUCACACAAGCCAUUACGUAGCUGGCCAACCACAAAUUUUCAGGCCCAGAAAUACCAGCGUCAAAAGCCACAGAGACCAUAUUACCCUCACUACAACUCUAUUUACGAACCUUCGCUUCAAGACUCCCAGCCACGACCAGUAUCAGCCUCAUCGUGUUAUUCUGUACCCGAGACACUCCCAAAGAGCAAUCUCAAGAUAGAAGCUGCUUCUCAGCUCCGGUCUUUUUCUUCUGCUUCAAGUCGCAUUCUGCGACCCCCGCUUCAACUACAUGAACGGCCUUUCCUGUCUUCAGAGAACAUUCGGCCAGCCAGGCCUACUCCCGUUCGGAGAAGUCAGUCUGGUUCCGAUAGAGAUUCCAGUCUUGAGCCACCUCCUGCUCCUCAGAAAGACGAUGUUAUCACUCCGCCCCAGAAAGCGCAUAACCUGUGUAUUUCAGGUGAAAGUGAUACCGAACCAGACAAGCGGAACACCUUUGGAUAUAUGGAACCUCCCUCGAUGCAUACCUCGUACUGGUCUGAUGCCAGCUGUAGCGAGAGUGGGAGCAGUACAGAAGAUGAAGAAGAGUCCACGGAUGCCGAAGAAACUGACUCCGAAACAUCUGAUAUUGAGGAGAGCUUGUUACACUUUUCCGUCAUUCAGGCUCAGCGUGUUUCUUUCCAUACCUGGAUUCUGAAUCCCAAGACAGAUGAUAUUGCUCCCAACCGGCGAUCCAAGUUGAACUGGAGAAGCCGAAUUGGAUAUAGAAAUAUCGCUGGACCUCAUCACUCGAAGGAACAAAAACGUUGGGGGAUAAUAUUUUAG